UGGAUGCUAUCUGGGGAAUGUGGAUGGAGGACUUCCUUGUAGCGUCAGGGUGGAGACUCCUGAAGAGGCCAGUUUCUUCUACACUCACUUCCCUGUUGGCUCAGAGAGGAGGACAGGCGGCACGGAGACACAGCGGACACUCACUGAACUCUUACCUGGCUGUCAUUCAAAAGCAGAAGGAUGCUGUACACAGAGUUACUACGGCUGUGGGAUGAGGCGGUGCAGAAGGUGGACGCCAAGGACUGGGAUGGAGUGCUGGCUAAACUGGAUGAGAUCAGUGAACCCACGUCUCGUACUCUGUUUAUUGCUGCCUCGGCUUACCUGGCUCUGGGAGACCUCGACCAGGCCAUGAAGGCGUUAGACCUCACCAUUGCCAAGGAUCAGCGUCUUGCUGUUGGUUUCUUCCAGAGAGCAGCCGUGAUGAUGCAAGUUGACAGGUUGGAGGAAGCUCUGUCAGACUGCAUCUGGGCACAGAAACACAUGAGAGCAAACAUCGUCAUCGACUACAGACAGCUGGGCCUGAGAUUCAAACUCUACAGCUGGCAGGUGUUAUAUAACGCAGCAGCUGUGUACUGUCGGAUGGGACAGUGGGAGCAGGCGAGGGAGGUGCUGCUGUCAGCGUCCCAGGAGAAAGGAGGAGGCCGAGGGGGGAACAUAGAGGUGGCUUUGGACAGCAUCAUGAGGGAGGAGAUCCUGGCUCCUCUCCUGGUCCCAGAGGGUACGGUGUUUCGACCCAGGAAACAGGACGUGGAGCAGCUGCAGCAAAAAGACUUCCUGGGCAAAGCAAAGGUGAUUUCCUCCAUGAUUCCCAAUGAUGACUUUGGAGGUUUUGAACCUCUGAGGCUGCAGAAACCUGGUUUCUAUGAGCCUCAAGGGGACGGAUCUCAAGAUUCUCGGUACAUGCGUGUGCAGACUCCCUACAUGGCUCGAGGCGCGGGGCAGCUGACUGUGCCGGGAGGGGCCAUGGUGUUUUUAUUCGCUGAGGAGGACAGGGACGGGAUGGUGACGGUCAUUUAUGACGGACAGAGAGGACUCCUGCCUGUGUCUCUGCUCCAACCUGCAGACGUGAAGUCAUCCAAAAGCAAAAAGGACAAUAGGAUUCCCAGUGGGAUCCCCCUCCCUCCAGGACUGAAACCACCCACUCGCCCAAAGGCUCAAUCCAGCUCGGCACCUCCUGCUCGGGUAAGCUUUACCUCCACGGACAUUCCACCUCCAUCCUACAACACAGCCACCCACGCACCGCUGCCAGCCUCUGAGCCUCCCAGGUACACAGCCAACGCAGCCAGGGACCAGCAUGCAGACGCUGCUCGGGGAGCAGAGGCGGGAUCUGUGGUGGUGAAGGUCCACUACACGUACACAGUGGCUCUGUCCGUCCCUCUGGACAUGCCGUACAGCGAAUUAAAGGAGAGAAUUGCACAGAAAUUGGGCCAGUCGGCGUCUCAGCUGCGCCUCAGACAUAAGAUGCAUGGCUCCCGGGUGCUCAUACCUCUGGGUGGGGAGGCGGAGCCAGGCCGUAAUGUGCAGGAGGUAGCUGAGGCUGGCAGGGCCACCCUGUGGUGUCAGAAAGAAGACCCCCUGCACAACCGUUCCAUCCUGUGCCAGAUGGUGGCGCUGUAUGACUACUCUGCUGAGGGCCCAGAGGACCUGGAGUUCAGCGAGGGAGACACCAUCGACAUCCUGGGUGAAGUUAAUGAGGAGUGGUUGGAGGGACACUGUGCAGGAAACAUUGGCAUCUUCCCGAGCUGCUUCGCCUACAGGGAGAACCUCAGCGAGAGCCUGUAGAGCAUGUUAUGAGACAGACGUGUGACUGUGCAACCAUCUCUAAUAAACCUGUUAACCUGUGACAGAGCAAGCUUACGACCACACGGCACCUUUACAGAGUGCACUCACGGUUUACUCUGUCAUGCUUUAAGAUACUUCUGUCUCAUGUUAUCUCUGUCAUGUUGCUGCAGUGAUUCAUUCCCACAGUACUGAAGAGUAUGUUUACAUUAAACCUGUUUUUUCUCUCCUGUUUUACUUACACCAUAACAUUCCUUUUGCAUCCUGUGAUCCUUAUCAGGGUUUAUAUCAACCUCAGUCAACUUCAUGUUUUAUUCUAUGUUGUAUUAACAUUAUAUCUGUGUAAUCUUUAAUGUGUGUGGUGCCUUAAAGAACAAUAAAGUGUCUUGAUACUGAA